AUGGAUGACGAUCGUCGACUGUUCGACUACACGUCGGGUCGAUGGAUUUACAACGAGAACGCUCGCCUCGCUGAGCGGCGCGGGGAGUUUGACGUCGACGCGCUGAGGAAUGCCGCGGCACGGUCGAUACGGAGGCGCGACACCGACGUCAAAAGUUUGGUCAAGCUGGCUGAAGGAGGCUUCAAUCGUGUGCUACAGGUUACCAUGGUCGAUAACUCUCAGGUACUCGCCCGGUUGCCAUAUCCUUCAACAGAACCCAAACGACUGGCCGUCGCCAGUGAGGUGGCCACCUUGGCUCUCCUCCGUGCCCAUGGUCUCCCCGUGCCGCGCGUACACGCAUACUCGAUCGAUGCGACCAAUCCAAAAUUACCAGGACGACCAUUAGGGGCGGCCUGGUUCGAUCUCUCAGAGCAGCAGCGUCUCAAAGUACUUCUGCAGUUGGUCCAGAUCGAGGCAAAGCUCCAGACCAUCGAGCUUCCAGUCAGCGGAAGCAUCUACUACGACAGAGACCUGCCAGCCGACGCACCGCGGAUUGCUAUCCCAGACUCAGAAUUCUGCAUCGGUCCCAGUACCGCCCUCAAGUGGUGGUUCAAGGAACGGGCGACGCUGCCUAUCAACCGCGGUCCCUAUGUCAAUGCGGUCGACGUUCUUCGCGCCCCGGCCUUGAAAGAGAUCACAUGGCUACAGGAAUACGGUCGGCCUCGCUUUCCUUUCCAACGUGCCUACCGCGAGUCAAUGGAUUACAGAUUAUCCCAGCCAAGCGACCACAUUCGCUCACUCGAAGCGUACCUCGAACUCGCUCCGAAACUGCUUCCGUCGGAUGGGUCGUUGGAUCGCCCUCUCCUUCGCCACCCGGACCUUCAGCCCAACAACAUCUUUGUCUCGGAUGAUCUCGACAUCGUUGGAUUGAUUGAUUGGCAACACGCCUCGGUGCUGCCGCUCUUCCUCACCGCUGGGAUUCCCAAAUACUUUCAGAACUAUGAAGACCCGAAAUUGCUUGCAUUUCGCCCGCCGCCUCGGCCCGAUCUCAGCGGCCUGGACGACGAAGAAAAGGCCGACGUUCUCGAAGACUUUCGGUGUCGCCAUAUCCACUUUUUCUAUCUGGCGUUCACGCAGCCCUGGCAUGAAUCCUCGAGCGGACCAUGUCCGAUUUCGUUCCCGUCAGCCGAGGCGGAUGAUAUUAUGCGUCUACAAGACAUGCAAGAAGAAGUGGACCUGCAACUCAAACGGAUCCGUAGUUUUAUUGGCGUUGGCGUGGACGGUUGGACCGAUCCAGAUAACUACGAAGCGGCCUGCUUCCGUUCUCGCCAGAUGAGGAAUGACGGACUGGCCUCCCUCAACACGGAGCACGAACGCGAAAUGACAGGUCGUCAUUGGCCGUUCAAUGACCACGAUGAGGAUGAGUAG